AUGAAUCGCCCAUCGCCGUGUAACCAAAAGGAGGGCAAAGAACUUCUAUCCAAGUCCACCGCCUCCCGUCUGAGCAACGGAAUCAAUGGCAGGCACGGCGACGACGUGGAAAAAUACAGGCAGACGGUAAAGGCGAGUGGUGACUGCAACCCACACCCCGCCCGACGCCAACGCCGCGCCGAUGCUAAAGAACCAGCCCAGAGACGAGCACCGGGGGGCCCCCGAAAAUCCCGGAACACCUUGAACGAAUCGGCCGAGUCGUCGGGGUUCACGGCCGGCACGCAUCCUCUACGAAGUACAGUCAACCUGCAUAUCAUCUCAUCGUCCAGGAGCUCGGAGUUUCUAACCCUUCCUUCCUCUGAUCGUCUUGCAACUUGGGGACAUUUGGUCCCGUGUCUUUCCCUCCUCAACGGGCUCACCGCUCGUGCAUGUAGGGGGGAUGCUGCAACACAAUCAGGCCCGCGACGCACAUUCAGGCCCGCGACGAACUGGGAUCGACGUGGGGUCAGAGACUCCAGAGUCUUUGACUAUCGCCUGGAACGCUUUCGAAAGGAUGCUGUUCCUUCUGGGCUUUCUAUUAUGAGCGCCCUCCUGGUGGCCCAAUCGACCCGGAAUGACACGUCAAAAAACGACCUGUAUGAAAUCAUUUACUUGGCUACUUCCCGUGCUAUUGUCAGUGAGGACACAAGAGUCCCGAGGAUGCAGACAAGGAGUGCUGCACGUGUUCCUGCGACGCCAAACUAUGGGCCGUCCAAUCUCACCGAGACUCGACUCUUCAUUCUCGAACGCAGCUGGCAAUACCAGUAUGCACACAGGAUUCUGGGCUGGGACAACGACGAACAGAUGGCCUCUAUACUACUACUUGCGAUUCUUCCUGAUUCUCGUGUUGACUGACAGAACAUGGAUGUAACUUAUACCUAGGGGCAGCUUCUAGCCACCGUCAACUACCUUUCUACGCCUUUCCCCCCAUGUCACCCUAGACAAGCUCGAAUUCCUGCCCGUUUCUACGAGAAGUGAUGAAUGGGGAGUGUGAACGUCA